AUGGCGACAGAGACGGAUUUCUUGGAAGGCAUCCUUACUCCUCGGAUGCCUUUGAAACUGGAGAGCCUUUUGGGCCGUGGAUCUGCUGGAGAAGUCUGGAAGGCGCGCUCGCCCUUGGGCCUCGUGGCGGUGAAGUGCUUAGACCUGGAAGCGUCUUCCGAGGAGCUCCAACAAGCUUCACAAGAGGCCUCGUUGCUACGGCGGAUUCGUCAUCCCAACAUCGUGAGGUUCUUGGACUUGGUGGUGGAGGGCGGACAGCUGCGCAUGGUGAUGCAGCUGAUGGAAGGCGACUUAGGGCAGGCGAUUACUCGUCGCCGUGAGCGGGGCAGAGGAGGCUUUGGUGAGGCGGGACGUGGGACGUGGCUGGGACGCUUGGCCAGCGCUUUACGUUUCCUCCACCAGGUGAAGAUUCUCCACCGCGACGUGAAGCCGGCGAACAUCUUCCUCUCGAAGACGCAGGAUGCCGUGCUGGGAGAUUUCAGCAUCGCCAAGGUCCUGGGCGAAGAUCUCGCAGCCACACAGAUCGGCACACCUGGGUACUUGGCGCCUGAGAUUUGGCUGGGGCAACCGUACGGCCCCAAGAGCGACGUCUUCUCACUGGGUUGCAGCAUCUUCGAGGUCCCAUCUCAAAGCUAA